UGUCAAAGUCCCUUGUAUGUUGUAUUGAACAGAUUUACGAAAUGCUAUUUAUUGUUACUGAAAAGUUCAAUCAAAGUUGUAAAAGUUUGUGACUCCUAAAAAUAAACUAGAAAUAAAAUAAAAUGGAGUCUAACAUGUCAUUCUUCAGUCUACCAUUCGUUGAUUCAGAAACAUCGGAUUUAGUGUUUAAUAAGAAAGUCACAGAAUGCGAUUAUGACUUUCAAAACGAACUUCCUUCGCAAAGUGCUCUUUUGGCUGCGGACGACGUUCUUGCACAAUUUUUAUCUUCUGAUGGUCCUUUAGAGGAGCCUGAUUUAAAUGGUCCUACGACUUUACACUGUGAAAUAUGUCAGAAGAGAUUUGAUAAUGCAAAAAAGUACUAUGGACAUUUAAGAGUACAUUCCAAGGAUAAUCUAUGGAUUUGUGAAAAGUGCCCGAAUCAGAAGUUUGCGACAAAGCAGCAUCUUAUGAAGCACAGCCUAACACAUAAGCCUCUUGCACGGGUCUGGAAGUGCCCGCAAUGUUCUAUGUCUUUUGAAGCUCUCUGGCGUUUGCAACAACAUCUAUUUGCUAAACAUUUGGACUAUAGACCACACAAGUGUGACCAGUGUGAGAAAUCAUUUCAAAAACCCUCUGAUUUAAAGAAGCAUAAAGAUUUACAUAAUGAUGUUAAACUACACGCUUGUCCGUGCUGUGAAAAGAAAUUCAAUCACAAAUCAAAUUUAAAUCGACAUAUGUUAUUGCACAGUAAGGACAAACCAUUCAGCUGUUUGGGUUGUCACAACAGGUUUACUCAGAUAGCCUCAUUAAAGCGUCAUCAAAAAAACUGUGCCCUCUACAGUAACGAAAAUGUUGAUAAUGAAAAUAUAAGGAAGAAUUAUUGUAGAAUAUGUGGAGCGACAUUUCAAUACAAAAAUGCUUUACUGGAUCAUUGUAUGAGACAACACACUAAUCCAAGACACGACACGGAACGAGAUGACAAAACGAGCCAAGCUAUUGUAGAUACGAACAGAACAGAGGACAACAUCGUCGACGAUAUAUUGUCAGCUGAAGAUGACUACAUGACCAUGGCGACGCAUGACAUGACCGCGCAUAGUUACCACCAGCAGAGCCUUUCAGAUGUAAACGCGUACGAUAAUCUUAUGCAAAUAGAAUUCCUCAAGGAAAUGAAUCAAUUGCACAUAUUGGACGAUGAACUUUUGUACAACGAUCUGGACUUCGACAGUUUCCAUAAUCAUGCGUUCAACGUCAAUGACAUAGAUUAUGUAAAUGAUAGAAACGGUGAAAUAUUCGAUUUCACCGACGGAGGCAAGAGCGAGGAUCAAGAUAUAAUGAACGCGCUAUAUCACGUGAAAGCGGAACACUUACCGGACGAGCUGCUGAACGUAAACGAUAUUAAUACAAAACCGAUCGAAGUUAAUCAAAAUCCUGCGGUUUCUGUCGACGAAUGUGCGACUAUAUUCGAAAGCGAUGUGGACUUAGAAGCGAGUACCAAUUUAGCUGCGAACUUAAAUCAAUUGAUCGGUGAAAACAGUGUGCAGUAUAUAUCGACUGAGGACGACGAUAUGUUCAUAAUUAGUUUAAAUAGCGAUAUCGAUGCGGGACAGCUGACUGAUAUGUUAAAUAUAGGCGUGGGCUCCGUGAAUACCAAAAACGAGGAGCCGGCUCAGGCUGAAACGACACCGCCCGCUAGUGACACGACUCACGACAACACGCAUCCCAUUAUUAUCAAAAUCGAGGAACCCGCCGAGUUGACGAACAAGCCGAGUGAUAACGAAAAUAACAAAGUGAAAACGAAGACCAGGAAGCAGGUCAUCUACGUCUGCUCGACGUGCGAUAAAAUAUUCAAAAAGAAAGACAACUACAAAUCGCAUAUAGCGACGCACGAGGCGUCCCUGCGGCGCCACGCGUGCGCGCAGUGCGGGCUGCGCUUCGGGUACCGCUCGACGCUCAACAAGCACCGGCGCCGCGCGCACGAGCCGCGCCCGCGCGCCGCGCACGCGUGCGCGCGCUGCCCGCGGAGCUUCGGCGCCGCCUGGAUGCUCAAAAACCACAUCGAACGUGAUCACGAACGUUUGACGCCGUACGUGUGCGACGCGAAAGGCUGCGACAGGAAAUUCUACAAGAAAUGUGAUCUUGUCGUCCAUAAAAGAUACCACACGGGCGAGCGACCGUACUCGUGUCAAAAUUGCAAGCAGGCUUUCCCGCACAUUUCGCAUCUCAAACGACACGAACGUUCAGUUGCUUGCAAGCAAAGGGCUCGAAGACAAGCGUAAAAUUUUAUUUUAAUUAUAAUUAUAAUAAUUAAAACACAUUUGGGA